AUGAUGAUGAUGAUGAUGAUGAUGAUGAUGAUGAUGAUGAGGAGGAGGAGGAGGAGGAGGAGGAGGAGAAGAAGCCAAGUGGCUACCUUUUGUCUAGAGUCCCAAUUUCAGAUUCUCCUCCUGGGAAUUUUUGGAAUCUCGUCACGGUCGGUUCUGAGAUCUACAACAUAGGCGGUUCCAGAUACGAAGAUCCCCCAGCCCUCUCUAGCGUCUCGAUUCUGGAUUGCAGGACUCACACGUGGAGCAAAGCUCCGAACUUGGGCGUGGAGCUAAGCUCAGUUUCCGCUAGUGCCCGUGAUGGAAUGAUAUAUGUAGUAGGAAGGUACGAAGAAGAAGAAGAACAUUUUAUUUCCACCGGAGAAGCCUUGUUUAAAGCCUUCUUUAAGGUGUUGGACACAAAAACACAAACUUGGCAUACUCUACCGGCCAACUACAGCGAGGAUAAAGGCGUUUUUUCGGCCGGCAACAGCGAAUUUGUUGACGGGAAGUUGCACGUGGUGCCUUGGACUAGUAGAUGUAUGGCUUACAAUCCCAAGGAAGCUAGAUGGGAACAGGCUGAUCGGGUGAUGGGUGCUUUUAUGAGUCAAAAUGCUUAUUGCGAGAUCGAUAAUGUUUUGUGCUCUGCUUUCUUGGGAUUUCUUAGAUGGUAUGACACUCAGUCAGCCACUUGGAGAAACUUCAUGGGUUUGCCACAAGGAUUUUUCAGUUAUAGUUGUCAUCAGAUUAGGUUGGCUAAUUUCCGUGGAAAGAUUGCUGCUUUCUGGGCUCAGAAUUUUCCUUGUGAUGAUGAUGAUGAUGAUGAUGAUGAUGAUUGCGAUGACAAGAAGAUGAUUUGGUGUGCCGUGAUUGCGCUUGAUAAACGCACUAGUUGUGAAAUUUGGGGGAUCGUUGAGUCGCUUGAUCAUGUGCUUACUGUCCCUAAAGAUUCUAAUCUAGUCAAGGCUCUUGCUGCUACUCUUUGAUGAGUAUGAACAUCAUGUCUCUUCUUUUUCUUCUUCUGGUAAAGUUGUUUGUUUUUGUUGGGGUUGUCUGUGUUCUUUUGGUGUAUGCAACUGUGUGAAGAAGAAUGACUUUGUCUCUUGUUUCA